AUGAUCGAUAUUAUCUCUAAUCUUACAAGUUGCAAUAUUGGAGACAUCACCCCUAUACUAUCUGACCAUUUGAUUGUUAUUCUUAGUAUUGAAAACUUUUUGGAUAUAAAAAAUAAUAAAAGGAAUAUUCCAUUAAAAAAGACAUAUGACUUUGACAUGAUGUCUGAAAAUAAAUGGGCAGCCUUCAGUGAUAAAUUUGACGCUUUAGCUACAGGAUGUUACUUGCGAUAUCUCAUCAAUAAUACUAUUUUCAAUCAAAAUAAGCUGAAUUAUUUUUAG